AGAUUUCUUUUCUGUAAUCUUCCUCGGAAUCACAGCGGUAAAACUUGUGUCCAUUUUUUUAAAUCAAUGAAAGUCGCAGAAAGAUGAGAGAAAACAAGUGGAAGAAAAAGGGCGCACUUUCGAAUCUGAGCCACAAGUUGCAGAACAAACCGAACCCUCAUCCUCAGAAUCACGAUGCGGCUACAGUUGCAAUUUCUCCGCCACAACAUCGCCUUAUCACCGUCGCCAUCGUCAGUACCCGCCACCUUCUUCACUUCAACUCCUCCAAUUUCGUACAGUUGGCGACUGAGAGUCAGGACGCCGACGCUGACGCUGCUGCCGCUCGAAUCGCGGAGACCGAAACUCGUGGUUUCGGCAACGGCAGUUCCAGAUAAUCGGCCUCUGGAUCUGACGGAGGAUAACGUGAGACAGGCAUUGGGUGACGCUCGUGCGGAGCUCGCACAGAUCUUCGACGCCUCCGUCGGCAUUACAGGAGUGGUGGAAUUGGCGGAAUUGGAUGGACCAUUUGUGAAGAUUAGUCUGAAAGGUCGAUUUUGGCAUAAACGUUCCACAGUUGUAGCUCGGGUAGGCAAUUAUUUGAAGCAGAGAAUCCCUGAGAUUUUGGAGGUUGAAAUAGAAGAUGAGAGUCAAUUGGAUGAUAGUCCUGCAAGCUUUUAAUCAAAACCCCAUUUUGUUUCCCAGAUACAAAUUUUAUUGUUCUUCAUAGCUACCAUAUUGGUAAGAACCCACCCACAUACAAAUUUUAUUGUUCUUCAUAGCUUAUUGGUGUUUGUGCUUGUUUUAUGGGGAAAGCAUAUGACUUAGCACAACUUGGUAUUUGUUUUGAUUGCUUAAACACACAAUCAUCUAAUCAUGCAACUAAUACAAAAUUAGGACAUUAA